UUUGAAUGCCAAACAGAUUUUUUAUUUGCAGUGAUAUUGUGGAUGUAUUAUCGACUUCGUGCACUUUUCUUUGGUCCAACAUUGAUUUUAUUUGAAAAAAAAUAUCGUAUUUAAUGUGAGGUUAGUUAAUGAACAUUUUCAACUCCAAACGAAGUACAAUGCAACACAGAAGGACGGAAGGGUGUUUGUCGUCUUGGUAGCUAAGAGGCCAUAACAAAGCCCGACCCAUUGCUAGCUGAUGGUAAGCAAUGUCUCUUGAACACUUAUCGACUGUCCUCUAUUGAUUUAACGAACCCGCAACAUGAUUCAAUGAAUAAGUAUUUUUCUAUGUUUCCGCCCUGCUUUCCUCACCAGUUUGGUAGUCCCAUAAGAUCUAUCAGCGCACUAGUGUUUUCUGUGUUUUGGUAAUGAUAUUACAUUUCAAAAACAUGACUUUAGAUGCUUUGAUCUUAUGGCCUAAAUCUUUUCAGCCGCCUUUUGUUGUUGGGUUAAGGGGUUUUUUAAAAGAUAACGUACUCGAUGUACAGUCUAUUUAAGAAAUCCCUGUUCCUUUAAUGUUCUUUAAAUGUUUGGCUUUUUCCGAAGCCAAGGUACAAGUGAUCGAUAUAACCUGAUCAAGUUUGGUACGUCAGAGAUGUAAACUGCUCUUUUUAUUUUGUCGCCAACACAAAUAUUACAACACAAAAUCUAUCUUGCUUCACUUUUUGUUAGUAUUAAAAUCCCAGUCUAUAACGUUUUCCUCAAAAAGGAAGCUGUGUAAAGGGAAAUUCCAGCGCUACAAGACAUUUCACCGCUGUUAAGAGAAUACUUUGUCACUAUCUAAUGUGAGCUCUCUUACAUAGGAAAUGUGGCCAAAACUUAACACGCUGUCUGGUUCUCAUACCAGUUAAAAUAUAUAGAAUUUAUUAAUUUAAUUAUUUUGUCACAAACGUUUCCUUAAAUUGAGAAGUAACGCUAACUGUGGAAAAUAUGAUACUUUUAGCUAUGAAAAAACUCCACUUACAUUAAAUCACUCACAAAUAGACGGUUUCCAAACUUUUUUUUUUAUCUUCAUCUUUGUGCAUGAUUUAUAUACUGUACCUCAUCUAUCACCUCUUUCUGUGUGAGCAGUUAAAUUUUAAUCCCUUUUUAGUUUUUUUUUUAUGUAAAAAAAAUAAAAUCUAUGUUAGCAUGUAGAGUGGUAUGUUGUUUGCACUAAUCAGAUUUCUGCAUUUGGGUAUGAAUCUUGCACUUAUCAGAUUGCCACACCAGGGUAUGUAUCUGGCACCAAUCAUAUUGUAGCAUUUGGAUAUCCUGCACCAAGUAAAGCCUUUAGGAUAUGUUUCUCAUAUCAAUUAUAUCACAGCUUUCUUGCCAAUGAUGUCAUGGAAUCAGGGGGCUGUGCACAAAGAAAGACAUAAACCAUAAAUUUUGGCCUAAUUUUGAUAAGUGUAAUGGUUUGUGACCUUUGCAAGAGCCUUAUGGAUUAAGGUCAAGAUUUAUAAGGAUAUAAAAGGUUCACAUCAUUUUUAUCAUUCUUAUAGUAAGUCAAAACAUGUUUUUGUGCUCCUUUACUCACAACUUACUUGCUAAAAAACUUACAUUCCAUCAAGUGCAGUAAAAACUUGUAUAAAAGAGCACGUUUUGGGGGUUCAGGUUGAUUUUGUUCUUAUAUACCAGGUUUUUUCUGCAAAAUCAGCAUGAAAAUGUUCUUAAGGUGUUCUUAAAAUUGUUUCUAAAAAUUAAAUACUGCAUUGACUACCAACAGAUGAAAUCAUUGAGCAAGCACAACAUUUAAAUUAAUUAAUCAAUGGAACUAGCCUUAACAGCAGUAAUCAAGGCACUAAUAUUACAUAAGAGAAGGGGUUGUAGUUCUGGUGAUAAACAACUUAAAACUCAGCAAAAGUCAAGCAAACUCAAAAUGUGCCAGCUCCCCCUCCCCCUCGGUAGUGGAGACUGACAUCAGUCACCACUACCAACAACAGUCCUUCUCAGGACUACACUCACCCGGAUGAUCAAACUAAACUACUACAUAAACCUGCAUUUAAUCACCUACUCUAACCGCAUUGUCCAACACCAUUGGAAAAAAUUAACAUGGUACUAAAUGCUACUGAUAGUGAAUUUUCCACACAAUUCUUGCACAUUUUGACUUUUUCUAAUAAUAGAAUUGGCUUUUUGUUACCUUUGGAUUAAUCCAAUUGCAUGUCAAUUUCUUUUAAACAACCUGCAUUUGAUUGCAUAUUUCACACACAGAGGGCAAAGUCCAGAUAGGCAACAACCAAUCAAGGAGCCCUCUUUGAAAUAUUAUCCUUUUCUCUUGUUCAGUGUAUCUUCACUUAUUUGAGAUCACAAUAUAUCUUUGGUUAGUAUCUAUUAGAGAUACAACAGGGUGUCAGUUUGCUUUUCCUAAUUAAAUAAAGUGAAUUUAUAUUUUUGAGGCAAUCAACUGUAGACGAUCAACUUAGAUUUUCUUUCUGUUAAAGGAACAGCAGUAAGUGUUUGGUCUCAUCAUGCAAUGCACUCUCUCUCCAACAGGGAAUAUGUUGCAUUGUGUGACGAGACCAAACAAUAGCUGCAAGGGGAACAACAGAAAGUGUGGCACCAAUGCAUAUCAUUUUUUAUUUAGAAGUAUUUAGACAAUAGAGACAAUAGACCGUAAGAUAACUGUGUGAGUUCAGAUAAAUUAGGUUUUUUUCCUUUCUCUUAAGAUGAAUUAAUGCAAUAUUUUUGUCCAUUUGAAAGUUAUUCUCUUUUUCUGUUGCAAAAACAUUUGGUACACAAAGUGCCCCAUCUUAACCUGCCCAGCCAAAAAAAAUUACUCUUACAUACUAUGCAUGCCAAUGUUUUAUAUUAAUUACCAUACACCUAUCCUGAAGUGUUGCAAAUUCAAACUUUUGACCGGUUAGUGAAAGCAUUUUCUCACUCUUUUGAUGUUCUUGAUGUUUUUGUUUCUCCAGAAUGACUUCUCAAAUAACUUUUAACUGAUUUUUUUUCCUAAUUUUCUAGGGAAGCUAAUUUUCAUACCAUAGCUGGAAAACUUUAAUGGCAGGCUGAUUCAGUAAAAGCAUUUGGUGAAAGUUUGAAAUUGAAGACCUUAAUUACCCCUGCCAUGGAAUUAUCUUUUUGCAAACAAAAUUAUUUUAGGGUGAGUGUCUUUGUGUAAUGAUAUAAUAAUUGUUUACCAGAUUAAAGCAGGUUUCUUUUCUACAGAAUAUUUUUCAGGGAAUGUACAAAGUAUAAGUCUUUGAUUUACCUUUAAAUCUUUCACAAUUGCUCUGAAGUGUUUGUAAUAUGUAGCUCUCUAUAAGUUGUUAAAUCAGUAAUGCCCACCCAGUAGUUAUUGUUAAAUUUUCAAUUUGGAUUCUACAAACACUAUAACUUUAAAAACUGACAUCAUUCUUUCCCUUUUUUUACCUUUGAUUAUUGUUGUACAAUAUUUGUCUUUUUGUACUCAAGAGCUGAUUUAUGUUUUUUCCUGUAAUUUUGCAAUUAUGCUUUUUCACAGGCGAGAAGUUUUGUAAAUCUCUUUGGAGGCAGAUAGUUUUUUCUCUUCCCUGUGGCAUUAUGGGAGCAGGUGAUCUAGCUUUUCUUUUAGUCAUAAUAAAAUCAUUUUGAAGGGGUAGUUAUUUAAUAAUUGAUUAAAUUAUUUUUUGAGGUGGUGAAACCUGCCUCAGUCCUUCUUUAAAAGUGGUUCUUGAAGUUUUGGCGUUAGGGAUAUAUUGAUUAAAAAAAUUUUGUGUAGAAGUGGUGUUUAAAGUUGCUUAUAGAUAUAAGACCAAAUGAUCAUAAAGAUUCGUCCAAAAUAAAUAAAUAGCAUUACUUGCUUCUAUGAAUCAUAAUAUGGGAUAAAAUGGCAUUAGUUAAAUCUUAUUGUUAAAGGUGUUAAGGUGAUCUGCCAAUAAGGAGCUUAUUUUUACAAAGUAGUGGUUAGUGUCCUGAUUCCAAUUUGUACAAUGAUUUAGUGGUUUGACAUACUUUGUACAACUUUAUCUUUGUGGCCCUGAAAAUUUAAUUUUGGUUGAAAAAAUGAGUGUAGCAAUAGUUUUGUAAGAAUAAGAAAUUACUACACAAAAAAAAUCUUCUCUGAAAUGGGUAAGUUAAAGAUGGAGUGAAGUUGUAUAUUAAGUAAAACUAAUUGGUUAUGUUAAUGAUUUACAUUUACUUCUAAGGUUUAGAUAAAAGAAGAACAGACAUUUAAUAUAUUUUUUUUUUAAAUAAAAAGUUCCCCUUGGUUUGGACCAUUUUAUUGAGUGACUUGAUUUUUCUUUUCUAACAGCAUGUACUAGCCAACCAUCAAAGGUUAAUGUAACAGGAGAAGGCAAACUAUCUCCUAACAACAGGUAAGUGGUGAUUGUAGGCUACAGUGAGAGUAUUAUAUUAGAUUAAUGUUAAGGUAACGCUGUGUCCAUUCCUUGCCUAGAGAUGCUAAGUUUCUUCAUUUACUCAAGGCUAGUUUUCUAUGCUAUUGGAAUUUUUCAGUUGCCAAAGUCUAACCUUUUUUAAUUGCCACAAAGGAAAUGAUCUUGAGACAGACUAUAAUCAACUUCAUGGUAACUGUUUUUAUGCUAACAACAUCAUUGAUAAAGCUUGCUAAUUUGUUUGUAUUGUGUUGCUCCCUCAAAUAUGAAGCACGACUCAUAAUUUUUGUAUUUCUUUUUAUUUCAAAUGCCAAGAGAGAGUGAUGUUUAUUAUCUAAAGCAAAAAUUCCUAAUUCUAGCCUAUUUAAUACUUUUCCUGAAGAAUGUGUUCUGCUAACUAAUUAAGUGAAAGUAGUAAUAAUAUUACUUCUUUGUUGAGAACUGCACUGCAUAAAUUGAUAUUAAAAAUAAUGACUUGUUUUUAACUGAAUGGAGAUAUCAUCAGAAUAUUAUCUCUGUCUCUCUCCACCAAUGUGCAAUAAAUCUGAAUAUUUUUGUUUGGUCUCCGUAAACCUUAGGUUUGUUUACAAUUCUGAUGUUCUGUAGUAUCAUUGUUCAUGAUGGACAAAAACAUAUUAAAUAAAAAUGUUUGAAGGAUUCAAGAAUCAUUAAAUAAUGUACAAGUGAGUUAAGAAAAAAAUAAUCUUUUAUUUAACAUGCUUUUGCCAAAUAUUUAAUUAACCAGAGUCAAAAAUGUAUUCCACACAAAGAUGUACAGUUUUAGUGGGUUAACAGGGAAACUAUUUCAUUCAAUAUUUUCACUGAGCUGCAAAGGCAAUAAACUGAAAGGCUCUUUAGCUUGAGACAUGUUCAUGCUGAUCUGAUUGAAGUCAGCAUAUGAGAUAAAAGAAAAAUUGGUAUGAAAUUUUAAUGAUUCACAAUCAUCUGUGAAUAUUUGAAUAUUUUUCAUUAAGUUAGUGAGUGUGUUAGGAAAUAUCUGUCCUUUGCCUCCAAACUUUUGAAGGGUUUUUUGAAGGGUUCUCAUGUUGGGAGAUAUUUAAACAGAUUUCAAGAUGGCCUGCUUUAAAUAUCAUGUCUUUCAGCAGUUUUAGUUUAGAAGUCACAGUGUCAAACAGGUACCUUUUAAUACUUUGAGUUCUGAUAACCCAACUUGGAUAUUUUCUCUAAACAUGUAAUAAUUUUCAUCAAGAUAUCUGUAAAAUGGGAAUGUUUUAGGUCAGUAACUAUAAAAAUUUUUAUAGACACAAGGUUUGCUUUUUAGUGCAUCCAGGCAUGACACUAAGUACUUAAAACUAAACCUUCAAAAAUUGUUAUCACAUGAAUAGUAUUGCAUAUUCUUUCAUGGUACAAGUGAUUUUUUCAUUGUCAUUUAUUUAUAAAACUUACUGGAAAUUAUUUCCACCUGAAAUUUACUCCCAAUCUAUCAAAAGGUGUUUCUUGUGAAUUUUACUUCAGAAUCCAUGUUUUGAAGGAGCACACACAUACUGUACAUACCUUUUUGAUCACCUCAGAUAUUGAAUUAUUUUUAAAUUACAAACAGCCCCUGUGCUGUUGCUAUUGUAUACACUGUAUCUAGCAGGAAAAGGUUUCUGACAGAUUUUACAAUUACAGCUAAGUUAUAAUGUUCACUGCUCUCUUUUCCAUAGUUGAGUUUUAAAAUAUUUAAAUCCCAAGUAGCUUGAGUUCUGUUUCAUUUUUUUGUGAUGAACUACUGACUGUGAGUUAAACUGAGACAAAGGAAUGCAAUCAGACAAACAAUGAACUUGUGGUUUACCCAACCUGUUAUUAAGGGUUUCUUGAUGUAUUUUAUGUCAUUCUAAAGAACAACAAUAGGUGAGCUUAAUGUUUUAUUGUGAUGCUAAUUAUUCUUUUUUAACCAGAUGGCAAAACUUAAACAAUGAAAAAAUAACUGUGAAGGGUUAAAACUGAUGGAACUGUGUUUAAUUUAUUUGUUGGUUACCUCCUGUUGGAGUGAUCCCUACACAUAGUCUUCCUGCUGUUUACUUGUACUCUCUUGUCACUCAAUCUUAUGUAUUCUCUCCUGACCUGGGGACAUGAAUUGGUUUAAAAAACAACUCAGGUAACUUGUUAACAUCAUAAUGUGUAGGGUUUAAUCUGUCAGAGACAUUUUCUGUAGGGAAUGUUCUGUGUAUAACACUUUGGAACAAGGCUUUAUACAUCAACUUUGUCAAUGCAGGAUCUUAAGAUACUAACAAUGACAUUGCUUUUACACCCAUAUACACUAUUAUGCAAGGUAGCUCUUUAUAGAAGCUGCCAAAACCUUCCGCAAGAAGAUUGAUGAACUUCCUUACUCUCUUGAGCUAUAUUUUUGUUGACUGGAUAUAACUAUGUUUCUCCUUACAAGUAGUGUCUAACUUUUGUGAAUUCAAAGUUAAGUCAAUGAGUCUGACACACCUCACUGAUAAUUUAAUUUGUAAGCAAGUUGAAAGGCUGUUGUCAAUAAUAUAAUAUGACAUGAGCCAAAAACAUGGAAAAGCUUUGGGAAUACUAUUUAUUAUCUGUCUGAUCACUGAAGUCCAAUACCUGUUGAACAGGUUAUGCACCUGGGUAAUUGUAUAAACUCCUCAUGUUUUGAGCUUUUCUUUCCUUGAUGUCAUUAAAACUAGAGACUUGUCAACUCUAAACAUGAUGUUUCAAGGGAACAUUAUGUUGAUGUUAUAUUACAUUAUGUUUAAAGGAAAAAUAUAGCUGCAGACUUUAAAAUCUCUUAAACCACACAGUAUCUGUUACCUUAACUGAUACUGUUUACUCAAAGAUUUUCAAAGUUCUAGGUAGGAUUGUAGUGAAUCACAUAGAAAAAUCACCUCUGACAGAAUACAGCAUUUAUGAUUUAAUUUGAAUUAAAUUUGUGUAAGGCCUGAAUUAGGUAAUGAAAAACAGAUAUAAUAUCUUCCAUACAGAUACCUCAAUAUUCUUAUAUACAAUGAAAAUGUUUUGUAAUUUACCUGGAAUUCUUUCAGCAAAUGAUACUUAACCAAUGCUAGUUUUAAAGUAAUUUAUAUUUAUGCACAGGAAGUGAAUUUAAUCUCAUACACUUAAUUCCAGGUCUGUCACCCACUCAGCUGGAGGAACAAGCAAUGGCAUAAGGAAUGCUGGAUCAACUUUUAAUAGACACAACAAAGUAGCUGCCUCAAAUAGUAUAAUCGAUGGAAGACAACACAGUAAGGAAAAGGUUUUAGUAAAGAAAGGUUCAGGUGUACUGAAUGCAACUCCCAAAACAAAAGUCAGUGUUGUUGAUGAAAACAGAUCAGAUGUGGGAGAAUCCCAACCAACUUUAGGUGAAAGACUUGAGGCAAGUUUUGCAUCUUUAAGGCGGAGUUCAGCCACUCCUGAUUUGCUCAACAGCAGCAGUGUAUUUGAUCCGUCAGAGGUACCCCACAUAUCGUCUAAACCAAGCAGUGCAGGCUCAGUAUCAUCCUCUCCUCGUCUCAAGAGACCUCCUACCAAGGAAUCCCGCAGUGUCUCCAUCUGUGAAACAGAGGUAUAUAAUUAUUAUUUCACAUAAUAUAAUCCAUAAAAUAUUUUUUUCUUGCACAUGGUUGGUGAAAAACUGUUCAUUUUUUAGAACAGGCAGUCUCUGCAGACAAAUAUCUGUGCAUAUCGUCAUGCCAAAUUGAGACACAUAUCUGUGCAUAUCUUCAUGCCAAAUGGAGACAGAUAUCUGUGCAUAUCUUCCUGUCAAAUUGAGACAAAUAUUCUACCCAUGCUGCACUUCAACUACCCAAGUCCCCACUGCUCCUGUGCCACAGAAAUAUUUCAUUUACAGCCAAUUCAUAUCCACUCAAACGCUGGAAAUUCCAUUACUUUGAUAAUGGUGCUGUUACUGUAGUAAUUGAGCAAGACUGUUCAGUGGAUCCUAAAUGCCCCCUUAAUGUAAUACUCUAAUAGAGGUUUACUUGAUGUUAACUUAUUUCAAAUCUUUUACCAGAACUUUCUUCAGCUCAAUCAGUAUAGACUUAUGGAUGAAAUUGGGAAGGUGAGAUAAAGUAUCAGUCAAUACUAGUCACUACAAAUUGUAUUUUUCCAUGAAAAACAUUGCUCUUAUUGGUGAAACUGUGAGUCAAAGAAUUCUACACUUUUCUAAAAGAUUCAUUUUGAACUUAUUGAAUUACAGAGUUGAAAUUAGGAAUUUGUUUUAAGUUGAUUGUUAAACCAGAGCUGUCUUCAAAGUUAAUAAUGGUUUUAUAUAAUUAAAUUCUGAAAUUGUGUUUAGUUUUGCCAAUUUAUUCUAAACUUUGGAGUUAAAUUCACUUUUUAUCUUUCAAUACACAUGAUAGUUCAAAACCAGUUAUCAGUUUUAAGUACAACAUCAUCAUACCUGUUUGUGCCCAAUUUAAAUGUCCCCAUUCCUUUUCUAUUUCAAGGGCUCAUAUGGAGUUGUUAGACUCUGUUACUCUGAUUUUGAUCAGACAAACUAUGUAAGUAUGACAAGAUGUAGUAACUUGUUUUCAAUUCCUUUUCUCACCUCUACACCUGAUUAUUAGAUGCCAAAGGGCUUGCACUGGUUAUGAAAAUUUAAAGCUGUUGUUCAAAUGGACCAUCUCCUCCCUUUUCAAUGUGAGCCCUGUAUAAUUCCAUUUCUAUAAAGACUUCUCACUAUUUGUAGAAUACACAUUGCAAACUCAAACAAGUCUAAGUCUACAACUUUGUUGACAGGCAAUGAAGAUCAUUUCAAAGAAAAGGGUGAUGAGAAAGGCUGGCUUACGUAAGUUUAGGAUGACCUGAUGACUUUUUAUUAAACACUGUUACAGUCAUAUUCCACUACUUUUAACUUCCCAAGAACUAGCGAAGAACUUCAAGUAAAGUUGUUGUUUAGAGCCAUUUUCUUUUGGGUAACAAAUACAUGUAGUCCUUUUUGUCAGUGAUGAGAUUGUCAUUAUUAGUUUAAAAUUUGUUUGUUACAUUUAUUUGUUUCUAUUUGCAAUUUGGUAUUUUUGAUGGAAAAAUUUGUUUUGUUAACUUAAUUACAACCUCUUGUUUUUGCUGUUUUCUCUCCUAGGACGUCCUAGUGAUAAAGGAAAGAACACAGGAUUGGAAAACUUGCAAAGAGAAAUUGCAAUUCUAAAAAAAGUUGAUCAUCCCAAUGUUGUGAGCCUCAAUGAGGUAUAGUUAUUUCAUACUGUAGAUUCUCUUUUGAUUAAUGAACGUCAGUAGUUGUUCUAUUAAACCUUUAAGUAUCCAAAUAUAAUACACAUCUUUAAACCACUCCUCACCUGAAAAUAAGAGGAAAAAUUGGGAUUAGAAGUCAAAGAAACAGGAGUGUGAGUUAAGAGUGUCUUGGAGAAGACCUUGCAAAGCAGUAAGUCUACUGUGGCAGCAGAGUGCCGUUUUCUUUCUGCAUGAAACCUCCCAUUGUUACAUAACAGUUGAAGACUCAAUGAACUAAAAGACAUCAGCAUUUACCAAGUCUUGGUUUUACCUGCUUUAGGUUUUGGAUGAUCCUACUGAGGAUAAUCUCUAUCUGGGUAGGUACCUUUAAUUUUGAGUGUUUUUGUUUUCCCUUUUUUCUUAAAAAAAAUAUUCUGGACAUGGUAUGUUUUUAGCACUACGCAUAAUAUACUUUGUUUUUUUGUUUUGCAGUGUUUGAGCUCAUGGAUGGAGGGUAAGUGAGGGUUACACCUCUGAUAUAAUCUCUCCAUAGGACUUAAGUGUACAAAUUAUGAACCUGCUUCUUUCUCACUCCAGUACCUUAUCCUCAGUAUCUGUUUUCUUGCAAAGUGAUGUAAUGAUGUCUAAACCAUGGAAACAAUAGCAUUCAAGAAAUACCACGCAAGGAAUUAAAAUCCCUGACCUUAAUACAUCCAUGUUGAGGUUUUUCUUUUUCUUGUCUUGAGCCUGAAAAUAUGUUCUUAAGUAUUGUUGUGAUCACAUUUGCAAGGCAAACUACAUGGUAAAAUUUGUGAAACACCAACAGAGCUUUGAUAUUUUGUUUAUACUGCAUAGUUAGCAUCCCUAGAGGUAACUGGGUUUUUGCCCAUCAGGUGUAGGCAAUAGUGCACUAGUGUAAUGUAGAAGUCUCACAAGACAAAUCCCUUGGUUGUAAAUUUUUGUGUGAUAAAGAGUUUCUAAUUGGCUGGUCUAUAAAAAAAAUCUGUGACUUAACAAGUAAACUCACAUUCUUUAUUUUUCAUUCUUAUAUUUUAUCAAAACAGAGAGGUGAUGGAGGUCCCUGGGCCAGCCUUGUCAGAACAAAAUGCUAGGAAAUAUUUUGUUGAUGUUGUGCUAGGAAUUGAAUACUGUAAGUUGUAUCAGUGUUGAUCAUUUCUGAAAUGACAUCUUAUUUAUAAUCACUGAAACAAUUCUCACAAAUAUUCAGUAUCAAGUUAUCUUCUGUUUUGUUCAUAGUACAUUAUCAAAAGAUCGUCCAUCGAGAUAUAAAGCCAUCAAAUCUGUUAUUGGGAGAAGAUGGCCAUAUUAAGGUAAAACUUUUAGUAAUGUGGUCAGUUUAUCUGUGCUAUGUUUGUGAAGUCACGAGGAACUUAGUUUACUGGCCAAAUUACAGGCUAAAUCACAAGCUUAUUAACGACUGUGUGUGCUGUUAGCCACCUUCCAAAUUAUUCCUGUAGUCUGUACACCAACUUACUUUUGGUGGAUCAAUGAAUCAGGUAAAAAUUUUAUGCUUUUCAUACACAAGCAGAAAUAGACUUCUUUGAAUUUUGGUAUAAGUAACAAGGAUUGCAUUCAUCUCAUUUUUUGUUUUGUUUUGUCUUUUUUGUCUUUUUUUUUUGGGGGGGGGGGGGUGGGGUGAAAAGGACUCUACAUCUGUUUUGGCUGUAAGCUCAUUUAACAGCAGGCUUACAUAUUAUCCCAGAUUGCAGAUUUUGGAGUGGCUGAUGUUUUUGAAGGUGAUGAUGCCUUGUUAAAUAAAACUGCAGGCUCUCCAGCUUUUAUGGCUCCAGAAACUUUACAAAGUAAGCCCAGAUUUCUUGUCCUUAAAUCUUGUUAAUAGGGUGUUCUUUGAAUUGUUUUGUUUUUGGUGGGAGUGCAAAACUUUUAGUUCAAGCUUAGAUUAAAAAAAAAAGGAAUAGUCUCCUAGUAACAGGUGAGUUGACCUGAAGUUGGUCCAAAUAUUCUUGUGAAUAGAAAACCUGAAGUCAUAUGACAUUUGUUUGAGUUAAGGCUGCAUAGGUUGUUAUAUUGGAGUACAUUUUUUAACUUUUUAUCCACACGGGAGAGUAACACCUUGAAACAGGUGAACUUUUAAUCAUUCUGACAAGGUUUGGUUUGUAAAUUUAUUGCCGGUUUCACCACAGUGGUCGUAAUAAACAUUGAGCUGAGUCAGCAGCAAAUAGACCAUGGAAUAAUUAAGUUUCAUUUUGAAACGUUUUGGAUGUAUUAGUAAUUACAAUUCAAUCGUACAGAGUAGUCUAAUCAAGCACAUAGUGGUGUUAACUGGACAUCUUGGCUGUUCCUGCUUUAAAUUUUUAAUAAAGUUUCAAUAAUUUAAGAGUUUGGUUGGCUGAUUUUUUUUGGUCUUUAGACUCACGGGACAAAUACAGUGGAAAAGCGGCCGACAUAUGGGCACUUGGAAUCACUCUUUACUGCUUUGUCUUUGGCAAGGUAAAUGAGUUGUAGCUUAAAAUGUUUUCCUGUCACCUAUCAGUUCAUCAGAGAGUAGAAAUGUUCAUUCAGAUGAAGUUGAACUCCGCCGGUUUCUUGGGAUCCUCGCCAGUCGUACAGAAAGGUUCCACUGACAGUCGAACAGAAACUUUAAAGAAUUCAUUUUUUACUCGGGUUUAUCGCGCAUGGAACGAACUACCCCUCAACAUUAGGGAGUCUAACAACUUGCCAGUCUUACGCAAGAAAUUGUUGAAUUAUUUUUAUGAUAAAUUCAGUGCCAAUUUUUUUAUCGUAAUUAUCUUAUUUCUAUUGUGAGUAUAGUAUAUAUUUUUUUCUUUUGUAAUUAGUCUUUGACACUGAUCUUUUUAACCUAGUAAAUAAUUAAGGAAGCUUAUUUUUAGGAAUCUGUAUUCUGCUGUCCUCAAAUUGAUUGAAUUGACUUGUUCAUUGUAAUUAAUUUUGAAUUUGUAUUAAACAAGAGCGGAGAACCAUGAGCAGCAGAGUCAAAAUAUAAAGAAACUCAAUCGUAUUUAGUAUUUAAAGGACAGAACAAAAGAAGUGAGAGUGUCAUAACUUGGUCCUUCAGGUUCCAUUUGACGACCAAAAUAGGAUGGGACUGUACGAGAAGAUAAAGACUGAACAGUAAGUUACCCAGUGGAAUUAAUUUAAAAACACCGUCACUGCGAUCAAUAUCAUAUUUGAUAAAAUGUUCUUUGCUUAAAUCCCGGAAAUGGCAGUUAAUGACUGUAAAUUUUUUUACAUUAUUUACUUGAUUACACGUUGUUCUCAAGUAAAUGCCGUAAAUGCAACUUAAAUUGCCGUUAAACGCCGCUCAAGAAUGAGUACCGAACAACAAAACUUUUCUGCUAUUUAUUCCGACACUGUUUGUUUGCCCACAAUUCGUCGUAUGUGUUGGAAUAUUUUCUGAAAUAAUCUCUCUUCUCCUUUCUUUUACAUAUGUUUCUGCUUUCAGGCUGACCUUUCCUGAGGAGUAAGUACCGUUAAACUUUUUUUCCUAUUAUUGAGGUCAAAAUUUUCAGUUUCACACAAAUCAGCUAUCGCAUCUUAUGACUGCCUAUCGCAAACUCAACCCAUAGAUUGAGAAUGCCCAGUCUUUCCAGUCCUUAGUUCUAAAGAAAUGCUUGUUCUCCCUUUCCACAUUUGUAAACCUAUUUCCCGCGUUCAGCUUUUAAUUUGCAGCAUCAUCCGAUACUUAUUACAGAAAAUCACUGUCUCAAACUUAGACUUCAAUUGUAUAACUAAAGGGACAGUGGAAUUAAGUUUAAACUCUAAAUAUUCAUCCUUCUUUACACUUUGUAGACCUGUAUUAAAUCCCCAGUUAGAGGAUCUUAUUUUGAGAAUGCUGACGAAAGAUCCUAGUGAAAGAAUUACCAUACAACAGAUCAAGGUAUGUCAACAAAAGUUUGAAGAAACCGGUGCAGAAGUUGUGAUCGAGAGAGUUGUAAUCCAACACGCCCAAGUCUGAAGCGAUAGUAUACAUUUUUUGUUCAAAUUUAUCUUGUUCUUGUGUCGACUGUUGGAUUUUGGAGUUCGCCGUGUGUUCUCAAUUAACGAUUGAUUUUGCUAAGUCAGCAAAAGCUAAUUUAAGUUCUUGAUGUCAAAGUCGAUAAAUUACGUAGCUCUUGUUUGGUAUACAUUUUCCUGUUUCGUUGUUUUACUGUAUGAGAAAAAAACCCAAAAAAAAAAAAAUUACACUAAGUGCCAUCUUAAGCCUUAGUAGCCAUGCUAUCCUUGUGUUUGACCACUGUCACGCUUGUUUGGUCAGCGUAGAUUAAUAAUCUAUUUAUUGUUAUCUACAAACAGGAGCAUCCGUGGGUUACUUACGGCGGUAAACAUCCUCUCCCUACCACUGAAGAAAACUGUACUGUUAUUGAAGUCACUGAUGAUGAUAUUCAGAACAGUGUAAAGUCUAUUCCAAAAAUUAAGACCCUGGUAAGUAUAAGAUUCCUAUUGAACCACUUUAAGCUUCGUUUGUAUUCGUUUGUAUUCGUUUUUAAGAAAAUGCCCCCCCCCCCCCCUUCCGGACCACCAUAAAUGGAGAUUUGUGGUGGAUAGUCCAGCGGUUAGCGUGCUGGGCAUGAGAUCUGCACCUCAGCUUGAGACGUCAUCGAUUUUUUUAGUUUAAACUCUUCGUGCUUUGGAAAUUCGAACUGCAACAGUUAUCCUUUUGAAUAAGAAAAAUCCCUCGAUGAAGAUUUGUCAAACCUGGUUGACAAAUUCUUCACGCUUAAGCUAGAAAUGAGUCAGAAUUUAGAGACAAACCCGUCAUUUUAGUCUGAAGUCUACAUUCGUUUAGUUGGCUAAUCGAAUUCAAAAUGUAGGCUCGAAGAGCGAGUUAUAUAUCAGUCUGAUGAUGCCUGGCUUUUCUGGGCAAAAGGUGCUUUCUUGGCACAUAAAGGCCAGCUAUUAAUAAUUCAUUGGCAGGAAAUUGUAUAUGCGACAGCUAUGACUAAUUUACAAGUUUCUCUUCUUCGUUUAAACACAUUUCAUUGUGUUUUUAUCUCCUUCCCAGAUACUUGUGAAGAGUAUGUUGAAAUAUCACACAUUUGGGAGCCAAGCAAAAAUAGAGCGAAUACGAUCACACUCACAACCAAACAUCGCACGAAAUGUAGAAGACAGGGAAAUUACUAAAAUAUGAUCCUUAUUUUAAACUGGAUUGUUCUAACGUCUGAUAACCCUAAAAACAUUACCCUCCGAGUGGGUAUUAGAAAGGACGGUGAGCAUGCAGGCUACAAUAUUCAUUUUGAUGAACUAUGCCUCUUUUUGUCUUGCCAUUUAUACGAUAUUAAGGCUUAUAGAUUCACCAGCUUUGUUUUUUGUAUAGAACUUAGUAAAGAACCCGUUACCAGCCAAGAGAGAAAACUGUUAAGUGUAUAUAAACAUGAGAACGCUGCUAAUGAUAUGGUUGAAUGAGAGAGAAAUUAUUCUUUGCACAAAAACAAGCUUAAGCACAGAAAACAUUACUGAGACUGUUUAAGAGAACCGAAGAGGGUCCAAUUUUGAAAGCACAUUUUAUCUGAAUCCCACGUCAAUGUUUUUCGGCACUGAAAACGAAAGCAUUUAUUAGGAUCACAACAUCUUUUUCGUUACCUUCAACUCACUUUGCGAAGGAAAAUACAGAUAAUCCUAAAAACACAAAAACAGUUACAGAUUUAAUUAGAGUAGUUAGGAUAAUUUAUCAAUGGAACGAAGUUGUAUUUAUUGAUUCUGUUAACGGGGCUGAAACACAAAGCCAGAAAGAGCUUUAAAGGUGAUGCAAAAUAUGUAUAGAUAUAGUUUGAAUAAAUGUAGCUAAGAUUUAUUAUAAAUUAUAGAUUCAUACACAGCCACCAUGUACACAAAUGUAAGUCGGAAGUUGACAGCCCUCUGUUUUGUUACAUUUUCCGCGGGGCAGAGUGUGGUGGCUGCGAUUUUUUUCCCUUUAUCUAAAUCUCAGGCUUCUCCCAUCAUGCGUGUAGUUUUUGUGUGCCUUUGCCUUUCAUAAGCUUGAUACCAGAAAGGGAGGCUGUGGAAAGUCUAAAAAAGGUUUUAUACUGGAUAUAUAUCUCAAAGUAAAGAGCAUUGAAUGCGCAUAUAAUUUUACUGUUAAGUAAUGACGUGUUUACAACGUAUACAUGGUGGACUGGUUCGUUACUUUGUGUGUGUCUCAGUUCUGGAAAAGGAAACUAACAGGUAACCAGACCACUGGAAUCUACAUUAUUUUUCUCAAUACUUGAGAACUAUAUCACUGCAAUAUUUAUUUGAUUCAACUGGCCUGUUCAUAGCUUCUUCACAUAAAUAUCUAUUUUUAACAUUAUUUUCGUCGAUUUCUAAAUACUCAGAAAUGGUUUUGCGAAUCAAAGUAUACGUUCAGUUUUUAUCUUGUUAAUGGUAUGAAAAAAUAAAUAUUGUUUAUGGCUCUGGAUGUUUUG